AUGUCAUUUAUACAGGUCGUCUUCAAAGCUCGUGGUUUAAUGCCUCCCGUUUUCACACCACUAAAUGAUGACUAUACAAUUAAUUAUGAAGUAAUUCCUGCUUACGCUGACUACCUCUCAAAGGCUGGAAUUAAAUCAGUUCUUGUGGGAGGAACAACGGGGGAGCACAUGUCCCUGAAGGUUGCGGACAGAAAAAAGGUUGUGGACGCUUGGGUGAAAGCUGCCAAAACCACUGGAUUGCACAUUCAGGUGCAAGUAGGCGGAGCACCAUUAGCUGACGUACUGGAUUUGGCGGCGUAUUGCGAGAAGGCGGGUGUCGAUUCGCUUCUGACACUCCCGGAGUUAUACUUCAGGCCGCAGAAUGUUAACGAGCUGGUAUCUUACGUGGAGUUGGUGGCAAAAGCUGCUCCCAACCUUCCUGUACUCUAUUAUCACAUACCUAGUAUGAGUAAGGUAGAAAUUAAUAUGCCAGCAUUUGUGACUGCAGCCACGGCCCGUAUUCCCAACUUCAAAGGUAUCAAGUUUACGUCAAACGACUUGAGCGAAGGUGCUCAAGUUCUGCGGGCACUCAAGGAUGACCAGGAAAUGUUUCUGGGUGCUGAUACCCUGCUCGCCCCAGCAGCCCUUCUAGGAAUUAAAUCCAGCAUUGGUACAACUUGGAACCUGUUUCCGCGCUUAGCUCAAGACAUACUGGAUGCUGUGGAGAAAAAUGACGUCGCAAAAGCAAGGGCUUUGCAGGAAAAAUUAAGUUUGGCGAUCGAAACUCAUAUCGUUGAAGGCGCAUGGGUGCCUAUAAUGAAAGCCGGUAUGGAGAUUGUUUCUGGUAUUAAAGUUGGCCCUCCUUCUUUGCCCCAGAGACCAAUAGCAGAGGAGGCAAGAAAACGGAUUCAAGAUAAAUUAAGAAACUUGCGAAUUAUCAAUUAA